ACAACUCCCCGCCCCCCAGAGGGUUUCCCUCCGGCGCAGCCUUGCAACCCGUCGGCUUUCGGGGACGCCGCUCCGCUGAGGUUUGAUCCCCAGAGCUGGUGGGAGGGGAAUAACAGAAUAACAAGAGUCACACUAUUAGAACGUGUCAUAGAAUAACAAAAGAGUUGGAAGGGACCUCGGAGGUCAUCUAGUCCAACCCCCUGCCUCCGGCGGGAGACCCUAUACCAUUUCGAACAAGGGGCUGUCUCAGUCGCUUUCUCGAAAGCCUCCAGGGGAGGGAGCAGCCACAACUUCUGGAGGCAAGCCGUUCCCUAGGAUGAUUGUUGGCGCUCUCAGAAAAUGUCUCCUUAUUUCUAGGUCGAAUCUCUCCUUCCACCCAUUGUUCCUUGUCCUCCUCGCAAGAGGGGCGGGGGAGAAGCGAGGAGGCACCGGCCUCCCACCGAGCGCCCCUCUCCGCCGCCACCGGCUUUAACCUCUCUCGAUGGGCAGCGGAGACUGCCCGCUUCCUCGGGCUGCCGCGCCGCGCCGCUCUUCCUCCUCCUCCUCCUCCUUCUCUCCACCCCUCCGGCUUGGUCGGGCGCAAAGGGAGGGGCAGGGGGUGUCGCUCUGCCCGCGCGGGGAGGCGCCCCCGAUCCGCCCUCGGCAAGAGCUGGCUGAAAAGCAGGCGGGCGCGGACGGGUCAGUCGCGCUCCUUAGCCGGCGGUGAUGUCGCUGCUCGCUAGCCCCGGCGCUUCCCACAGGGGGACCAGAUUGCCGUUCAGAUUCUCUUUCAAAUUGCAGUGAGCAGGGCAGAUUGGUUCUGACAUACAAGUGCAGCUGCUGAGCAGUAACAAAAGAGGAGGCUUUAGGAUGAAGACAGAGUAACAAGCCUGAACAGACAUGUUGAUUUGAAGGUAAUUCUCAAACAGCUCAAUGAAAAGAAAACAAUGACAAGUUGUGGUCGGCAAUCCUUACAUACACUGAUGAUUGUAUUCUGUGCACUCUUGUCAGCAGCUUUCUCUGCACAUUUUCGAGUCUGUGAGCCAUAUACCGAUUACAAAGGUCGUUCCCACGUUGGAUUCCAUUGUCCCCGACUUUCGGACAAUAAAUCAUACGUCUUUUGCUGUCACCAUAACAACACCGUGUUUAAAUAUUGCUGUAAUGAAACAGAGUUUCAGACUGUUAUGCAAAUGAACUUAACAGGCAGUACAGAUGGAUACAUGCAUAACAAUUACAGUGCAUUGUUAGGAGUUUGGAUCUAUGGGUUUUUCGUUGUAGUCUUGCUGGUUCUGGACCUUUUAUAUUACUCCUCCAUGAACUACGACAUUUGUAAAGUUUACAUGGCAAGAUGGGGAAUCCAGGGGAAAUGGAUGAAACCGGAAACAAGCCGGUGGAUUAAACCAACUCAGGACUCAAGGCAAGUAGAGACUCAGACUCAUUCUCAGCCUGCCACUCAACCAUCCCAGGCUGUCCACACCUUAAAAGGAGAAGCUUUAACUCCACCAUUGAUGUCUUUCCCAAGCUCAACUGCCUGAAAAGAUAAUAUUUUGACAUGCCUCAAGAUGGAAGAGGUAACAUUACAGCCCAGAAAAAGCAGCUUUAUCUGAAAAGCACAAUGGAAAGUUCGUGAACGAUUAGGAAAAUGAGUCCAAGGAGAUGGGUUAUUUGAAUCUCCCCUAUGGCAAGUGAUGGUAUCCGGAGAUCAAGGUGAGGCAAUGUUACUUAAAUGAUAUCUUGGAAACCCAGGACAUCCAUCCUGAAAGAAGAAAGAAUCUGAGGGAAGACCAAGUCCAUGGAAAUCCAACCUGGGAUGAAAAAUAUACUACAACACCAACUGUUGGCCGAUACACUUAUUUUUCUCCCCCAUUUGUUAAAUCUCAUUUAAGCCAACAAGUAAGGAUCAAAAUAAGAAUGUGACUUUUCCCCAAAAGUUAUCUAGUGAAUAUUGUCACAAUAUGGGUUGGCUUAAUCUCUUUGUCCUCAUGGAUUUCCUUCUUUGGGAGACAGGUGAGAGAAAAGCUAUAAUUUGAAAUGGGAAAAGAGUAUCAUUUUAAUGGGCGAAAAAGUAGCAGCUUCACAUUUCAGUUUCUGAACACACCAAAGUGGCCUCUCUUACUUGUGGAGAUGGGGAAUUGGGAAAAGAGCAUCUCUUUAUCCUGGCCCCAAAUUGGAAAAAUCAAAGAAAAAUGGAAACACUUGUAAUAAGUGAAAGCAAUAAAACAGCUUCUACCUGUCCAAUCAGGCCAUUAUCUCAUUUGUUCAUGUAAGCUAGCCUUUGCCUAAUGGCUAAUCUUAAUAAUUACUGAUAAUCCCUCAGGAACCCUGCUGAUGUUAAGAGAACCAUGAGGAUUCCUUGGUUAAGGUUCAGGAUUGAGGGCAAGCUUUGUGCAUUCUGAAAUAAGUUGAUUAAGGAAAGGAAUAUCAUCUGAAGAAAGAGCAUAGCUGAUGGUUUGUUGUUACAAAAUUCCAUUAGGCUCCACCAUUUCUAUAGAGCAAUUUAAUAACUAUCGGAAGAGCAAUUCAGUUUAGCAGAUUAUUGUUAGGUUUUUACUGGAAAUAUUUUUUUCCUGUCGGUAUAAGCCUCUUGUCCUUUGGCAUUUGUGCUGAAAACAUUGACCAAUUUUCUGCAGAAUAGCUGAUGGAAAAGGAAUGUAAACUAGAAUUACACACAUACACACAUUGUAUAUACUUUGGGUAGAACCAGGAAAGAAUGUAAAGUAAUGUAAAAAGAAGGUAAAAUUUCUUUCAUGGAGACAUCUUGCCUUGCACACAAAGAUCAGGCAGUUCCUCCUCACAAAGUGAACAUCAGAAUGUUAUAUUGCCCCUUCUCGUGCAGCAGUCCUGCCUUCAAGCUGAAACAGCUUGUUCAGAUUAUCUUGCUUCUCCAUUCCUUGCAAGGAUCCUGAAAUAACUAGAGGAGAGUUAUUUCUGUCCUCAAGGUACUGCGUAUUUCCCAACUCUUGUAGCAGCAAGGCUUGAGCAGUGCUCCUGCAUAUUCCAUCUCUCCAUAAAGGGACUUGGUAGGUUCCUAGGAUGGUCCCUCCCCAUGGAUGCUUUAUUUACCCCAUUGUCAAUAUUUUCUGAGAAAUGCAGUGGUCACAUUUUCAGACCAGUGCAAAGAAAUGCCCUGAAACUAAGGAUCUGCAGCAGAAGGAAAAACAAGUGGAGAUUACAUCAACUUCCAUAUGGUUAAUGGAUUAUACAGUUUGAUGAUCUGACCUGCAUGUGUGGUUGUGUUACUGGGAUUUUUCCAUUAAUAUUCCUUUAGAAUUCAAAUAGAUUUAAAGUUAUACAUGAGUUGAGUCUCUUUAAUUAAUUUAAGUGAUGCAGAUCACUUUAAACAACUUGGCUUGCUAGGAGUUGCAAAUAUUUCCCAUCAUUUGACUUAGUGUUAAAAAUUAAACAACUUAGAGAUGUAAGAACAAAUACCAUCACAGAUUUCUAAACCAACUCCUGCACUUCAGAGUUGACAGCCUGAAAUGUUGUUGUUGUUGUUCAGUCCCUAAAUCAUGUCUGACUCUUUGCAACCCCAUGGGCCAUACCUGCACUGUCUUCUGGAGUUUGCCCAAAUUCAUGUUCAUUGUAUUGAUGACAUUAUCUAACCAUCUCAUCCUCUGUUGUCCCCUUCUCCUUUUGCCUUCAAUCUUUCUCAGUAUCAGGGUCUUCUCCAGUGAGUCCAAUCUUUUCAUUUGGUGGCCAAAGGAUUUGAGCUUUAGUUUCAGUAUCUGUUCUUCCGAAGAAUAAUCAGAUUUGAUAUCCUUUAGAAUUGACUUGAUAUUCUUACAGUCCAAGGGACUCUCAAAAAUCUUCCCCAACACCACAAUUCAAAAGCAUCAAUUCUUUGGUGCUCAGCUUUGCUUAUGACCCAACUCUCAAAGCCAUACAUUACUACUGGGAAAACUAUAGUUUUGGCUACACAGACCUUUGUCAGCAAGGUGAUGUCUCUGCUUUUUAAUAUGCUAUCUAGGCUUUCCUCUCAAGAAGUAAGUGUCUUUUAAUUUCCUGGCUGCAGUUGCUAUGUACAGUGAUCUUGGAGCCCAACAAAAUAAAAUCUGUCACUGCUUCCAUUUCUUUGCCUUCCAUUUGCCAGGAAGUGAUGGAACCAGAUGCCACGAUCUUAGUUUUUUUAAUGUUGAGUUUCAAGCCAACUUUUGCAUUCUCCUCUUUCACUGUCAUCAAAAGGCUUAGUCCCUCUUCACUUUCUUCCAUUAGAGUUGUAUUGCCUGCAUAUCUGAGGCUGUUGAUAUUUCUCCCAACUAUCUUAAUUCCAGCUUGUGAUUCAUCCAGUCUAGCAUUUUGCGUGAUGUACUCUGCAUAUAAGUUAAAUAAGGAGGGAGACAAUAGCAACCUUGUUAUCAUCCUUUCUCUGUUUUGAGCCAAUCAGUUGUUCCAUAUCCAGCUCUAACUGUUGCUUCUUGAACCCCAUACAGGUUUCUCGGGUGACAGGUAAGAUAACUUGGUACGCCCAUCUCUUUAAGAACUUGCCACAAUUUGUCAUGAUCUACACCAGGGGUGUCAAACUGCCAGCCCACAGGCCGGAUGCAUCAUCCGGAAACUGCGGCCACCCCAUUGCUGGCAAUGGCAAAACCGUCCCGAUAUGUUGCGUGACGUCACAUGACGUCGUGAGUUUGACAUGUCUGAUCUAUACAAUCAAAGGCUUUAACAUAAUCCAUGAAGCAGAAGUAGAUCUUUUUUCUGAAACGCCCUUGCUUUAUCCAUAAUCUGGCAAUUGUUAGCAAUUUUGAUCUCCUCUGCCUCUUCGAAACCCAGCUUGUACUUCUAGUACAGUGGUUCUCAAUCUUUUUAAUGCCGCGACCCCCCCCAACCGGUCGUAAGUCGAGGACUACUCAACUGGUGCCACACCGUUUG